CUGCUUUCCCUCCGUUUCCUCAGCAGCGCUGGCCUCUCGCCUUGGGCGCCGCUUCCGCGACCGAGCCGUCGUGGCGGGUGGGCCGAGUGUCAAGAACCGAAGGAGCAAACGGGCCGGCGCCAGGAUGCCGUUGGGCCUCAAGCCGACGUGCAGCGUCUGCCGCACCACUUCCUCGUCCAUGUGGAAGAAAGGCGGGCAGGGCGAGAUCCUUUGCAACAACUGCACGGGCCGUUCAGGGCCGCCCGCCUCUGGGGCAGCUUCUUACGCCGGCACCUCCGCGGCCUCGCAGCACAGCAACGGCGGCGGCGGGGGAGGAGGAGGAGGCGGCGGCGGCGGCGGGAAUAGCGGGGGUGGCGGCGGGAAGCAGAGUAAGCAAGAAAUUCACAGAAGAUCUGCUCGAUUGAGGAACACAAAAUAUAAAUCUGCUCCUGCUGCUGAGAAAAAGGUUUCCACUAAAGGAAAAGGGAGAAGGCAUAUUUUCAAAUUAAAAAAUCCUAUCAAAGCCCCAGAAUCUGUAGCCACAAUCAUUACAGCAGAAUCUAUCUUCUAUAAGGGAAUAUACUAUCAAAUUGGAGAUAUUGUUUCAGUCAUUGAUGAGCAAGAUGGUAAAACAUACUAUGCUCAGAUUAGAGGUUUUAUUCAAGACCAAUACUGUGAAAAAAGUGCAGCUUUAACAUGGCUCAUUCCUACUACAGCAAGCCCAAAAGACUAUUUUGAUCCUGCAACUUACAUAAUAGGACCAGAAGAAGAUCUUCCAAGAAAAAUUGAGUACUUAGAAUUUAUCUGCCAUGCACCUUCAGAAUAUUUCAAAUCUCGAUCAACUCCUUUUCCUACGAUUCCCACUAGGCCAGAAAAAGGUUAUAUUUGGACUCAUGUUGGACCUACUCCAGCAAUUUCAAUCAAGGAAGCUGUUAGUACCAGCUUGUAAUAUCUCUUCAAAAAAUGCUUUUAUUUAUAUUUUAAAUUACCACCUGACUUCUAUUUAUUGUUAAUCUCUGCCUUUGUCAAUUUUUCAUUUUUGAAGGUGUUUUUUUUUCUCAAAAAAAAUACGAUUUCAUCUAGAUAAAUGAAUAUUUUAAAGUAUUCCUGCUGUGUUAGAACUGUGCCCUUAUAUUAGCAUACUAUGUACACUAAUGUGUAUUUAAUUUGAUCAUGGAGCAGAGGGAUGGAGACAAGUUCAUUAAAAAGUGAGCUGAAAUUAUAGGAAAAUGGAGGAAAACCUUGAUACAGAUAUAUCUAUUUAAAAUGUUCAGUUGAAAAACAUUAUGGAAAAAAAAGAGUACAUUUCCAUUGUUGCAAAUGUUCUGUGCUAUCCUUAUCUGGAAAUAAAGUUACAAAAUCUCCCUUACAUAA